GGUGUGUACAAUAAAUUCAACAGUUGGUUAAGUAGCUAAUUAUUGCAGAACAUUUAUAGUCGCUGUUCUUUGAAUAUGACUUACAAAUUAUGUGAUGUAACUUGAUACAUUUUUAUAUUUUCAACUUAAGAAAUUAUAAAGAAUAUGUUUUAUUAAAUUGAUCAUAUUCUAAUAAAGAAUUCUGUCAAUUUAGAUUUGGAGACAAUUUAUAUCAUUUGCAUCCAUUUCUGAAUUAUGGAAAAAUCAGCCAACAUAUUUAAUAGUCCAGUUAUUGUUCAUUGUAGGAGGAGUAUUAACAUUAAUACACGGUAAGUAUUUGUACUUUACAUAAUAGGACAUGUCACUGAAAAAAUUACAAAAAUACCGGAAUUUGUCAUUAAUUAAUUAAUUAAUAGCAUUUAGGCAUGGAGGAAGACGUCCUUUACUCUGGUUAAGCAUAAUUUGUCAUGGUUUGAUCGUUGAGUGUGUAUGUUAUGUAAUAACUGAUAUAGACAAUUUCUGGCAUAGUAGAUCACCGAUUAUGUUUUUUGGAGAAAGAUUACCAUUAUACGUAAUAAUUUUAUGUAUGUAUUUCAUCUCUAUAUAUUUAUUAAUUUAUGUUUCAUAUUGUUCUUGAAUUUUACAGAUUCAGUUUUUUAUUAUUUAUCAAUCGAGAUUGGUUGUAGAACAAAUAAAAUAAAAUUUGGUCUUAUGGUAACAGUAGGAUUAAAUGUUCUAUUGAUUGAUUUACCAUAUGAUAUAACAGGUGUAAAAUUUGUUCAUUGGACUUGGCAUGAUACAGAUCCAAACUUAGAGGACCGAUCAUAUUGGGUACCAUUAACAUCUUAUUAUUUUCAUAUGGUUUUUUCUGCAAGUUUUGUAUUUUGGUUUUUUGGAAAAGAUAUUAAUCUUAAUCAAACAUAUACACAAAAGGAGGACAUUAUAACUUUUAUAAAAGCAUCAUUUUUGAGUACUCCAUGUGGUAUAUUAUGUUUUUCUAUUCUAUAUCACCCGCUACAUGACUUAUACAAUGUUCCAACGCAAGUCAUUGUGACGUUUUUGAUUGCAUUUUAUAUCAUGGUAGCCACUUUAAAUCGCCAACAUAGAAACAAAUUUGAUCGGCCAAUAGCUUUAAUGAUAUAUCUUGUUGUUUAUUAUGCAACAUUUUUGAUUUUAAUAAUAUGGGGUAAACCUGAAAAUGAAGUAUCAAUUGGCCCACAUGAAGAAAUCGGACCUUGCAAUAUAACUGUUACAGCUUUUGGAACAGUAAAUAUUAUUUAUUUAUUUACAUUUAACUUUAAAGUUAGGAACCUGAAUUAACUUAUAUAUUCUGGUCAAGAAAAUCCUAUACCUCAGUGCAUCUACAAACAUGACAGACAGGUGUUCAUACAAGAUUAGUGGUGGGAAUGUGCAUGAAAUUACGGGUUUUGGUUGUCACCUAGUAUCGUUGACCUGAGUAUAUUAAUUUCCUCUUGAAGUAAUUAUUUUGAUUUUAUUCAAUGAAACAUUGAAUAUAGAUGAACUUAAAAUAUAUUAUGAAAAACUAUGUGCAUAAAUUAAUGAAAAAACAUAAAAAGGAGGGGAGAUAAAUUAUAAUUUACAAUUAAGUACCAGAUAUUAUCAUGAAGUAUUUUAAGCACUUAAAAUUAUUAUUUAAUUGAAACAAAAUAUUCAAUACUGUAUCUUGCGAAUAUGAGUCAACUAAAUAUUAUUUUUAGAAUCAAAUACAAGAACUAAUAACUAAAUUAAUUCAGGUUUCAAACAAAUUUUAUUAAAAAUAUAUUCAAUUGAUGUAUCCUUUUUGUUUUAUUUCAUUUAAGGAAUUAAAAAAACGUAAAUAUUUAUGCAUAGAAGACUAUAAUGAAGAUUUUGAUUUUCAUUGUGUAAAAGAUAUUCCACAACAUUAUAGUAAAAUCUAUACAAUAUGUGGUACACCAUUUAAUAACCGUAUUGAAUACGUAACUUUAAUAAUAACUAUUAUUAUAAUAGCAUUUACUCAUUUUAAUGAAUCAUUUGCAUUUAAAAAAAGAAAAAAUAUGUAAUUAUAUCAAAAGUUUAUUAAGCUUAAGGAUUUGUGUGAAAAACAAAUUGUAUAAAUAAAAUCAAUUAUUACAUAAUAUUAAAUAAAUUAUAUAGCACAGGAAGUUAAUCCUUCACGCCUUGUCAUAUGCUUAUAAAACUAUUCAUUUUUUUUAAAAUUAUAUUCAUAUAUUAUUAAUCUUAUUUGUAAUAAGUAAAGGUACAUAAUGGAACACAGCUUAUUUUAAAAAGAAAAACGGACAAUCAUUGUUGAUUGUAGAAGGCAAUUUUACUUAAGUAUUUUAAAGAAUUGUAUAUAAUUAAUAAAAUAUAAACUUAAGAUACAUAAAAUUAAUACAUAAAAGUAAGUAGUUAAUAAAAAUUGUAUUUAAAAACCACCAGUCUGUUGUUGGUAAACUUCGAUAGUAUCACCCUCUUCCAUCUCCAAUGAGGAUGGAGUAUCAGCUUCACUUAUAGCUUGGCCAUCAAAUCUAAAACGCACUGUAGCCAUAGCAAGUCCC